AUGUCGAGCCAAAUCAAGCCACUCUACCAGAUCUGUCUCAUUGGAUCGGGAGGCGUCGGUACAAUCGCCUCGAUUGUUCUCACGAAAUCCAACCUGGCAAAUGUGACCGUCGUGCUCAGGUCGAAGUUUGCCUAUGUCUCCAAGCAUGGAUGGGAUGUCGAUUCAGUUGAUCAUGGCCAGUUACCCGGGUGGAAGCCAUACCGCAUAGUGUCAUCAGCCCUGGACGCAGCAAAAGACGACAAAGGGCAACCUGUGUAUUAUGAUUAUGUUGUUGUGUGCACAAAGCAGCUACCCGAGCGAAACCCGGUCGUUGAUAUGCUGUCUCCUGUGGUGGCUGCUGGGAAAACCACCAUUGUCAUGAUACAAAACGGGAUCGGCAUCGAGCGGGAUAUUAUCAAGAAAUGGCCAUCUAAUGCUAUUAUCAGUAGUGUUAGUCACAUUGGAAGCGUGAUCACGGAGCCAAAUAUCGUGAGGCAAGUUGGCCGAGAUGUGUCGAAAAUGGGCCCUCACUAUCAUGCUGGCCUGGAAGACCCUGAAAGCAUGAGGAGAGCAAAAAUCUUUGUGGAGAUGUACUGUGCUGGCGGGGCCAGCGUUUGCGAGCUGGUGGAUGAUAUUCAGAAAGCCAGGUGGGAGAAGCUCCUGUGGAAUGGAACCUUCAACACGGUGUGUGCGUUAUCCAGGAUCAAUGUCGGCGAGCUUCAAAGAAGUGGGGGAAGGGAGACCAUGAUCGUCCCAAUGAUGUGGGAGAUAUGGAGGAUUGCAAAGGCCACUGGCCAUGAGUUACCCGAGUCUGUUGUUGACUGGAUGGCCUAUAGGCUUCCAAACGACUGUGACUACAGGCCUAGUAUGCUUGUAGACUUAGAAGAAGGACGGCCUAUGGAACUAGAAGUAAUCUUAGGCAAUCCACUCAAGAUUGCAAGGGAGGUUGGAGUGGAAGCCCCAAGCCUAGACAUGGUGUACAGAUUGCUUCAGGUUCAACAAUGGCAGAUCGACCAAGGUAAGGUAUUGAAUGGGGCUUGA